GGCGCACACAUGACUUGUCGGCCAGUUCGGCUUCUAGCUGCAGCUGCAGUCACAGUUUCUGGUUCUCUCUGGAUUAUCUCUACAGUAUUUACACUGCCAGGACCUGCGGUCACUGGAAGCAUCCUCUCCUCGUCUGUCUUUCCACAAAACAUGUCCCAGAAAGGAUCAGGAGCAAACAGAGGAAACACCAGCCAGCAAGAGGAAUUCAAGGUUGUUAUUGUAGGAGACAAGCGUUGCGGGAAAACGUCGCUAUUCACAGUUUACACUACAGGAGUCUUUCCAGAGGAAUAUGUCCCAUCUGUGUUUGACAAAAGUGUUGUGAAUUCGAGGUAUAGAGGGCGACACUUUCGGCUACAUCUCUACGACACUGCAGGUCAAGAGGACUACGACCGCCUGCGGCCUCUCUCCUACCAGAACGUUAACGUGGUGCUGAUCUGCUACGAUGUCAUGUGUCCUUCCAGCUUUGACAGUGUCUUCACAAAGUGGUUCCCUGAGGUGCAACACUUCUGUAACGGGGUGCCCAUCAUCCUUGUUGGGUGCAAAGCAGACCUACGGAAAGACAAAGUCCUGAUGAAGAAGCUGUGGUCAUCGGGCCAGAACGCCGUCACAUAUAUUCAGGGAGAGGAGGCUAGAAGGACGCUCGGUGCCGUGCUGUACUUAGAGUGCUCGGCCAAACUCAGAGAAAACGUGGACGACUUAUUCAGAGAGGCGACAAAGCGGGCGCUGCUGGAGACAAGAGUGCUGGAAGAAGUGAGGGAGAGGGGGAGUCUGUGUGCCUGCUCAUGGCUCUGAAUGACUGACAGGAGGCUGCACUCGAACUGCAUGUCCGCACACAUUUCCUGCGUGGUUUUCCUUUUGA